AUGUCGUUUGAUGCUUCAGAUAUUUCUGACGGAGAGGAGGAUCAUGCCAUGGAUAACAUUCGUGCCAUGCUCCAAGAUUAUUACGGCACAGAUAAUGGCGAUGAGGUGAAGGAGGACGACUAUUAUGAUAUGGAUAGCAAAGUAUUCGAUAAAGAUAAGUAUAUCCCAAAAAUCCUAAAGGAACAGUCGCUCCCUGAGCUGAUCAAAACGAAUGUGCGUGUCAUAUCCGAAGCAAAGCAGCUCGAUUCGGAUAUGCAGAAACUGGUGUAUGAAAACUACAGCCGGUUCAUGAGUGCAUCCAAAACUGUCCGCACCCUUCAAGAGAACGUGGGUGACAUGGAAACCCGCAUGUCCUCCCUUCGGGAACGGAUCCAAGUGGUUUCGUCUGUCACGGACACAAUCGGCAGUAAUCUGGACGGAAAUCGAAGCAAAGUGGACAAGCUCGUGAGCGUCCGUCGUCUGUUGAAGAAGCUCCAGUUCCUCUUCGACCUCCCGCUUCGUCUGCAGCGCUGCGUGGAGCUGGAGGCCUACGACCAAGCAGUGGACUACUACACCUCGUCCACGAUGGUUCUGAACGACUAUCGCCACCUGCGCAGCUUCAGCACGAUCCAGGAUUCGGCGGACACGAUCAUGAACUCGCUCAAAACGAAGAUGCUGACGACCAUUCAAGAGCCCGACGUGCGCAUGACGCAGCUGGAAGACUUCGUGCGGUUGCUGAUGAAGCUGGGGCACCCGACGGCGGACCUGUCUACGAUCUAUCUGAAUUACCAUCGCGAUCGGCUGUCCGCGAUCAUCGAGAAAUACCAGAAGCUGGCGCCGCUGAGCGAAGACGAGAAGGAAAUCAUCGCGCUGAGCGGAUCCGAGCAGGAGGUCGAGGCGCUGCGAAGCAAGCAGAAGGUCACCAGCGAGUAUCCGCUGCUCCAGUUCAUGGGCAUGCUCGAGAAAGUGGGGAAACGGGGAAACGGUGAGGGGUAG